UGAUAUUUUUCACAUCCGUAUUAUUUACGCAAUCCCCCAAUUUUUAAGAUAGAAACCCCCCUCUGAUUUAAAGAAAACCGAAUCCAUGGCCACCGCCGCAGCUGUAGCAAAAGUGGGAAAAUCUGUGCACCGCAUCUUCGUGGGCAAUCUGCCGUGGACAGUGGGCCACCAGGAGCUGCGCGGCUACUUCCGCGAAUUCGGACGCGUGGUGUCCGCCAACGUGAUCUUCGACAAGCGCACCGGCUGCUCCAAGGGCUACGGCUUCGUUAGCUUCAACAGCCUGGCCGCGCUGGAGAAGAUCGAGAACGAGCAGAAGCACAUACUGGAGGGCAACUACCUCAACAUACAGAAAUCUUAGAUCGCCCCAGUCGCUCCAGUUUGUCAU